AUGGGAACUUUGCAAUUUAUUGCUGACGAAGUUGGACUCAAGACCUUGGUCAAUGGAGGCCUCGAUGUCUACCUCAUUAUCUUUAUGAGAAUGGUGAGGUUAUUGAGUUUUGGUGCCACUUCUUUGAUUUUGGUUAUUUUCCUUAAAGAGCUCGGUAUCGAUGAAGCUACCAUCGGUUACUUCAUGACCUUGGCUUUCUUUGGCGACUUGAUCAAGUCUUUCUUGUUCUCCUUGAUCGCUGAUGGCUUGGGCCGUAAGUUCACCUUAUCCUUGAGUUCCGCCCUCAUGGCAUUCACUUGUUUCGGUAUCGCCUACUUUGACAACUUCUACGUUUUGGCUGCCGUUGCCGCUUUGGGUAUCUUGACUCCAGGUGGCGGCGAGGUUGGCCCAUUUAGAUCCAUUGAGCAGAGUGCCAUCGCCUCUUUGGUGCCCCAUGACGAAAGGUCCGACAUUUACGCUUGGUACACUUUCUUGGGUACUUUUUCCUCUGCUUUGGGUUCUUUCGUCUGUGGCUCUUUUGUUGAUUUGUUGCAAGACCAAUGGCACUUCACUGCCGUGGAGGCCUACAAGGGUGCUUUCGUCGCUUUUGGUAUCUUAUCCGUCAUCUGUCUCAUUUCUUGUUUCUUCUUGACUCCUAGAAUGGAAGUUACCCAUAAGCCAAAGGCUCCAGUUGAACAGGCUGCUGGCGAAGCUGCUGCUUCUUCUGCAGAGACUCAGGAUGGUCCUGUUGAGUCGAACGAGUCUCUGGAAUUGAUUCCAAAGAGCAAGCCAAAGUGGAGACUUUUCCCAGAAUUGAGCAAGGAUAUCUUGUCUAUUGUGCUCAAGUUGUCUUUCCUUUUCGGUCUCGAUGCAUUCGCUUCUUCUUUGGUUCAAGGUUCCUGGCUCACCUACUAUAUCAAGCAUAAGUUCGACGUGAGCUCUACUACGCUUGGUACCAUUUUCUUCGUGACCUUCUUUAUUGCUGGAUUUGCAUCUCUUUUGAGUACCUCUUUCACCAAGAGAUUGGGUCCAGUCGUCACCAUGGUGGUUACCCACUUGCCAGCCUCGGCUAUGUUGAUUCUUCUCCCACUUCCAACUUCCUUGUCACUUACCUUGACCAUCAUGUUGAUACGUGCUUCUACCCAAUCCAUGGACGUUGCACCUAAACAUGUCUUCUUGGCCACUUUGGUUCCUGCUGACUAUAGAACUGCUGUGUUUGGAUGGACUAACAUUGUCAAGACCAUGGCCCAGAUGUUUGGCCCAUCCAUUGCUGGUUACUUGACUGGUGAAGGCGUCCAGUGGAUUACUUUCAUCAUGGCUGGUUCAUUGAAGGUCCUCUACGAUGUGGGCAUUUUGGCCACCUUUUUGUCUUACAACAGACACAAGGCCCACUAA